AUACAUAGAAUCAUCAUUAACUUCACUUUCUGCCCCCGUCCAUACAUACCUACCAUACACACUAAAAUUCUAAUACCGUCACCAUGAAGAUCCUUAGCAAGGAAGAAGAAGACGCUCACUACAGAGAGGUCCUAAAGGGCGGCACCCUCGGCGGCGUAGUCGGUCUCGUCGGCGGAGUCGCAGGCGUGAUGGCCGCCUCACGACGCUACGCCACCAUCCGCAACCUCACCCUCCCCAUGAAGUCCUUCCUGGUAACCUCCUCGGGAACCUUCUUCGGCAUCAUCGCCGCCGACCACGCCUCGCGCUCCUUCGAAGCCUCCCGCAACGUCGAACGCCAAUGGUACGAGUCCCGCGAGGAGCGCCUCCGCCAGGAGGAGCUGGCGGGCAUGAGCUUCGUCGACCGCAUGACGGCCUUUGCGCGCCGCGAGAAGUACAAGAUCGUCGGCGCCACGUGGGUCGCCAGCAUGAUCGGCUCGUUUGCCAUGGUCAGCCGCAACCCGUACCUGACCGGUUCGCAGAAGAUCGUGCAGGCGCGUGUGUAUGCGCAGGGUCUGACGCUCGCUGUGCUGGUUGCGUCGGCGGCGUUUGAGAUCUCGGAUCAGAGGAAGGGUAGGGGGUUGCUGGAUGCUGCGAAGAAGGGGAAGAAGACCGCCGGGGAGAAGGAGGCGGCGCCGACUCCGACGGCGGCUGCGGUGCAUGAUCCGCAGAGCGGCGAUCUGUGGAAGGAUAUGGUUGCUGCUGAGGAGGAGCGGUUGAAGCAGAAGCAUCAGUCGCUGUAUGAGAAGCCUCAUGAGCAUCAACAUGACGUGAGUGCGCAGGCUGCGCCGGCGCCGACGGAAGAGAAGAAGGAGGAGAAGGAGGAAAAGAAGUGAAUUGUCUCUUCGUGGAUUUCUGUUUGGUGGAGCUACUUGAAGCGUGGGGCCCUGGUCUUUCUUUAACUCAUUAGACUUCCUGUCCUGCUUUGUUCUCUUCUUUGCAUCUUGUGUGGGGGAUAUGGCGUCUAGAUUUUUUCAAAACUUUCCAUGUUUGAUACAUGGUCGUGUAUAAUGGUGAUGUACAGCAUAUGUUCAAUCAAUCUCAUCUCUUUCAGUCUUUUCUUUUUCAUUUUCCAUCCAUGUUCGGGCUACGAAUGAUGUCCAUCUCAACAUGACAGUGUACUAUGCAAUCGAGUGUUCGACAUAAAGAUCAUUACAUUUCAAUUAUUUCGCAUGUCCUGCAUACCUAGUAGAUGUACAUACCAAGUUUGGUAGUACAAUAGAAAAAGCCCCAGCUCCACGCUAGCAUUCCUCCCUUCACUCAAACUCCGUAAGU